CGAAUGACGUGCGGCGGCGUUUCCGGGAAGAUGGCGGCGGUGGAAGUGGCUACGGAGCUGGCAACUGGGGUGACGGCCUUCGAGCCAAAGGCGAAGGAUGCAGAAGAGGAAGAGGAGGAGGAGGAGUCGCUGCCACCGUGCGAGGCAGUGCGCUGGGCCCCAGUGGGGGCGGUGGCCGAGGCCGGGCCUGGGGCGGCCGCCUUCUCGGAGGUGACGGCAGCCGAGGACCCUGGAGCGGCUCCGGGCUCUCCUCCGGACGCGACCGUCCGCACGCUGCGGCGACUGCAAGCCGAGCGGCGGCAGCUGGACUCGGCCCUGCUCGCGCUGUCCUCGCACUUCGCGCAGGUGCAGUUCCGCCUGCGCCAGGUAGUGCGCGGGGCGCCGGCGGAGCAGCAGCGUCUCCUGCGCGAGCUCGAAGACUUCGCCUUCCGCGGCUGUCCUCACGUCCUGGGUUACGAGGGGCUGGAAGACCCCUGCGGCGGCGGCGACGAAGGCGAUGGGCUUCCGGGGGACCGGCCACGAUUGCGGGGCGAGGACCAGGGCUUGAGUGAGCAGGAAAAACGAGAGCGUCUGGAAACCCAGAGGGAGAAGCAGAAAGAACUGAUUCUGCAGCUCAAGACCCAGCUUGAUGACCUGGAAACCUUUGCUUAUCAGGAGGGCAGCUAUGACUCCCUGCCGCAGUCCGUGGUCUUGGAAAGACAGCGGGUGAUCAUCGAUGAGUUAAUAAAGAAACUGGACAUGAAUCUGAAUGAGGACAUCAGUUCCCUGUCAACCGAGGAACUUCGUCAGCGUGUGGAUGCGGCCGUGGCUCAGAUUGUCAACCCAGCUCGGGUAAAAGAACAGUUGGUUGAGCAACUGAAGACCCAGAUCCGAGACCUGGAGAUGUUCAUCAGCUUCAUCCAAGAUGAAGUGGGAAGCCCCUUGCAGACAGGUGGACACUGUGAGUGCAAGGCCAGCGGGAGGACAGGAACCAGCUCCACCAGAACGGGCAGCAGCACACAGCCCCCAGGAGCCAGCAAAACAGCAAAGGCAGAAGACGUGAAGAGAGUCCGGGAAACGGGGCUGCACCUGAUGCGCCGAGCACUGGCUGUGCUCCAGAUCUUCGCUGUUAGCCAGCUGGGCUGUGCCACAGGCCAGAUCCCUCAAACCUUGUGGCAGAGGGGCCAGGCAGACAGAGACUACUCCCCCUUACUGAAAAGGCUGGAAGUGUCCGUAGAGAGAGUGAAGCAGCUGGCCUUGAGACAUCAGCCACAUGACCACGUCAUUACUUCAGCCAACCUCCAGGACCUCUCUCUAGGAGGCAAGGAUGAGCUGACCAUGGCCGUGCGGAAGGAGCUGACCGUGGCUGUGCGGGACCUGCUGGCCCACGGGCUGUACGCCUCUUCCUCUGGGAUGAGCCUUGUCAUGGCCCCCAUUGCCUGCUUGCUGCCAGCCUUCUCCUCAGCUCCUGAGACCAUGCACCCCUGGGAGCUCUUUGUAAAGUACUAUCAUGCCAAGAAUGGCCGUGCCUACGUGGAAUCCCCGGCCCGGAAGCUCUCACAGUCCUUUGCCCUUCCUGUAAUGGGUGGCAGUGCUGUGACCCCCAAGCAGAGCCUUCUGACAGCCAUCCACCUGGUGCUGACAGAGCACGACCCUUUCAAGCGCAGUGCUGACUCGGAGCUGAAGGCGUUGGUGUGCAUGGCGCUGAAUGAGCAGCGCCUGGUGUCCUGGGUAAACCUCAUCUGCAAAUCAGGGUCCCUCAUCGAGCCCCAUUACCAGCCCUGGAGCUACAUGGCCCAUACAGGAUUCGAGAGUGCCCUCAACUUGCUCAGCCGCCUCAGCAGCCUCAAGUUCAGCCUUCCUGUAGAUCUGGCUGUGCGCCAGCUCAAGAACAUCAAAGAUGCCUUUUGAUGAGAACCUUAGCCCCCCCUCCCCCAUGCACACACCUUGCUCUGAAGAGAUAGACGUCCUAGAGUUCUAGAGUACAAGCCGGGGAGUUAGACGAAGGGUAGAGACAUUUUCCUUAAAUCCUUUUUAGGUGGUCAGCCCAGUGGAGCCAAAGUCUGGUUUUCUCUUAGCAAAGUAGGAAGAUGUGCCAGAGACUCACCAGAAAUAGUGAGUGUCAGAGGCCCAAGAGAUGGUUCGCCAGGUAAAGAGGCUUGCCGUCACACCUGGCAAUCAAUCUGAGUGAUCCUGGGGACCCACAUGGUACAAAUUGUCUUCUUACCUCCACACAUGAACUGUGGCACCUGUGUGUCCCUGCCCAAACACAAAUUAAUGUAAUAAGAGAAUCUAAAAAGCAGUGUCAGGGCUAGAGGUGUCGCUCAGUGGAACAGUAGGUGUGCAGUCAGGGCUGAGGGCGUUAAAGCAAGCAGAAAGUGCCCGCGGCCCCUAGCCCACCACAGUGCACCGUCCACUCUGUGGGAGCCUGCGUUAACAAACUCAGUUACCACACAUAGCUAAUGCCCAACUCACUGUAGCACGUCUGAUUGUUAGAAAAUGCAGGUUGGGCUCACCAUUCUCUUCAUGGCAGCAAGUCACUGUAUGAGGGAGUUCUGGAAGACACUUGAGGCUCCUGCUAGUUAAGUUGGGAGCCUUCUUCAGAAGCAACUGUGAGAGCCCUAGGGCCAGAACUAUAAUUCCAGUCAGGGAUUCGGAUUCCCCUUUCUUCUAAGGGAGUUUUAACUGAGUGUGAGAUGAGAACAGAGAGCUCCCUGCUGGGGUGCUCCUCCUACACAGACAGUGCUCCUCCCGGAUGGCAGGUACUCUCUAGAGCCCCUCCAGGCUAACACAGUCUUCCGGAAGUGAGAGCAUCCAACCAAUCCUUGUCACAAGAACACAUAGUACAUAGGUGAUGAGUGGCCCAGCCCCCUGGGUUGUGACGCGCCUGCUGGUACUGCUUGUCCAGAAGAACAGCUGAUGGGGAAGUUUGAUCUUGCAGUGUGCUCAGCAGCGGGGCCAGGAAUUUCUACUAUCUCCAUACAGACCACACACACGCAUCUGUCAAAGUGACCACUUGUCUUUCAGCUGCACUUUGUUCCUGUGGAGUACACUUCAAUUUGUUUCAGUAACAUGGCACUUAAGAUGCAUCAUUGACACUUCACGGAAAUCCAUGGAGAUUCCCUAUGAAACACAAUAGUGUUCGGGGCUUGGGAUGCCGCUCCGUGGUAGAGUGCUUGCCUGGUGUGUCUGAGACCUUGUUUCUCAAUCCUCAGCACCACUCCCCAGAAAAAAAAGAAAAAGAUAAUUGUAAAAUAUCUUAAAUAAUGAUAUAUCUGUGAUCAGUAAUAAAAUUACAGUAUUUUGUGUA